GAAUUAAAGACCGUUUGGGUUGGUCAAUUGAGCUGGAAUGUUGAUGAUGCAUGGCUCAAGAGCGAGUUCGAAGAGUUUGGCGAAGUUUCUUCAGCUCGUGUGGUCAUGGAUCGUGAGUCAGGCAAAUCGAGAGGUUUUGGAUAUGUUGACUUCGUCAAUGCUGCUGAUGCAAAGAAAGCAAGCGAAGAUGCUCAAGGUAAAGAAGUUGACGGUCGUGCAUUGAAGGUUGAUUUGCAAAAGCCCCGCGCUCCUCGUGAGCAAUCGGAAAACCGUGCUCGUAAAUUCAACGACCAACGUUCUGAACCAUCUCCAGUCCUUUUCAUGGGCGGUUUGGCUUGGAGCUUGACCGAAGAUGAUAUUUGGAAUGCAUUCGGUGAACAUGGUGAAGUUACACGUGUCACUCUCCCAAAAGAUCCUGAAAGUGGUAGACCAAAGGGUUUCGGCUACGUUGAAUACUCAGAACAAGCAAGUGCUGAUAAAGCCAUUGAAGCUUUGAGCGGCGCUGAUCUUGGUGGAAGACCUAUCCGUUUGGAUUACGCUCCUCCACGUAACAAUGAUGGAGGUAGCCCAGGUGGCAGAGGUGGUUUCGGAGGAGGCCGUGGAGGCGGUCGUGGUGGAGGUGGCCGUGGCGGCGGUCGUGGAGGUGGUCGA